CUGAAGGAACAGUUGUGCUGGUUGGUCCAGUUCCAGCGCGUGGGUUUAGUCAGAGGCUUGGGAGCUCGCGCCCCGCGGGUUUCGCGGGAGGGUUCGUUGCCGGGCUGAUGCGCGCGCCCAUGGCGGCGGCGGCGGCGGCGGCGGUGGUGCUGGUGAUGGGCGCGGGGCUCACCGGGUGCGGCGCGCAGGAGGGGGAGGAGGUGGUGGUGGCCAGCUACGGGCAGGGCAGGCUCUGGCUCAAGCCCUACGACUGGACCUACCUGCGUGUUGAGUUGCCGCCCUCGUUUUCCUCGGUCACCAUGGAUUUCGCCACUGACAUGGACAUUCAGAGGGAGCAGAUGAAAGGCAUUCCAAGAAGCGAGCUUGCUAUUAUCUGUUUGAUGAAUUCCAACCCUCAAAUUCCUGAUAUAUCAGAAUCUUAUCUGGACAGUUUAUUAUCAAACUUUCUCCCAUCUGGACCUUUUGGCAAUGGCAAUAUAAUUAAUCAGUCAAAUCUGGCGCAAUGCAUACCAUUUCAGAAAAACACAACAGUUGUGCUAACAAAUGACCAGAUAUCUCCAGGGGUAUGGUACAUUGGGUACUUUCAUGGCAUCGGCCCUGCCCGCACACAAUCAAAGAUGAUUAGCAGAGGAAAAGCACGCUUGGUGAGCACCCACAUUACUGUAAGAGGAUGCCCUACUUCAGCGAUUUGGGGACCCUACUGCAACCAAACUGUUGAAAUGAUUGGUUGUUCUCAACCUUCAAUAGAUAAUAACUCAAGGAAUCUUCUAGAUCUGAACACUGAGAGAAGGAACAGUUGGUAUCCUAGAGAGCAUAAUAGGCGUAUUAAUAUCCUAUCUCAGCGGAACCAACUAGCAGAAAAGGAAGUUGGGUCUAAUGUUACAGCCCUGGUGAGAAUGGAAAACUCGGUCACUUGUUCCAUUUCUAAUAACUCAUUAUGCAUCAGGCAAGGCGACAUGAAGUUCUACUUCUUGGAUGUAGUCAACCUAGCAUUGCAGUUUGAAAUUACAGCUGCAAACUUUGGAGUUAUAGGGCCAUCCUUGAUUUGUUACCUGCGGUAUAAUGCCUUUCCUCAAAGGGAUCUGCAUGACUAUUCAGGUGAUAUCAGCCAUGAUCCUUUGGUUGUGAAGUCACCCAAUAUUGGCCGCUGGUAUAUUGCUAUUGAGACUGUCAAUAAAACACAGAUGAAUAAUACAGCAUCAAAGCCUGUUCUAGAUACUAUGUGUUUCUCACUGAAGUGGCAAUUGACUGGAUGCUUGAAUGGAAAAACUGGAACAAAUUGCUCUUGGGAGGUAUACGGACUCCAAAGGGUUCCAAGGAGAAGUCCUAUCCCGUUUGAAUCAUAUUAUAUUCCUAGUAAUGAAAGGGCAUCUCUGGAAGAUAGCCACUUCUAUUUGGAGCAAUUUCUAAGCAACUCAUCCCAUGAGCAGUUUGCAUGGACAUAUUUCUUUUUGGAUGUUGCUCAAGGUUCAGCUGGCGCACUUAUCCAUGUCCAACUUAAGUCAGAUAAAGAAUUGAACUACGAGUUGUACUCAAAAUAUGGUGGCUUGCCAUCAAACGAUAUUUGGGAUUAUUAUGCGAGUAGGACAAGCAGCAGUAAUGGCUCGGUAUUUUUUUCAUUACAGAAUUCCACGAAUUCAGACUUGGAUCUAUCAAUUUUUUAUGCUAAAGAGGGAACUUGGUGCUUUGGGGUGAAGCAUCCAACUGAUACGACAAAUUCUCAGACGUAUAUGUCUGUAUCCCUUCAGGGUUGCCAUAGAAAUUGCAAUCAGAAAGGUGUGUGUCAUUCCUCAGUUGAUGAAAGUGGUCUGACAUUCUACAGCUUCUGCACAUGUGAUCGUGAUCACGGUGGGUUUGAUUGCAGCGAUGAGCUAGUUUCCCCUAAUGGGCACAUUUGGCAGUCUGUCUUUCUAAUCGCCUCAAAUGCUGCAGCUAUUUUACCUGCCUUCUGGGCCCUCAGGCAAAAGGCAUUUGCAGAAUGGAUUCUUUACACAUCUAGUGGAAUUUCCAGUGCAUUAUACCAUUCAUGUGAUGUUGGAACCUGGUGCAUUCUAUCAUUUCGUGUAUUACAGUUUUUAGACUUCUGGCUUUCCUUCAUGGCUGUUGUGGGUACAUUCAUAUGUAUGGCUACAAUUGAUGAAGCUUCAAAGCGAGCAAUGCAUACAGCUGUUUUUAUCCUCACAGCUCUUUUAGCUGCAACUGGUGCAACAAGAUCUGCAAAUAUUGGAAUCGUCAUUGCGAUUGGUUCUCUUGGCCUGCUUAUGGGAUGGCUAUUGGAAUUCUCUACAGCAAGAAGAUUUAUAUGCUGGCCCUGGCAAAUUAAUCUUAAUAUGCCUCAAAGUUGGCCAAACUUUGGGACUUUGUUCCGGAAUACUCUGGAGGUGUUGAACAAACGCUUCCGUUGGAUAUUUCUACUUUUGGGUUUCAUCACAUUAUCAUUUGCGGCUACGAGCUGGAAACUGGAAUCGAAUAGCAACUACUGGAUUUGGCACAGGUUACAGAGGCAGCUGAACUGCCAACCAGAAAUUGUGCAGGCCUUGAAGUCUUGCUUUCACCAAGUCUGCCUUAACCCAUAUCUUUUGUGUGACAGUGUGAGUAUGACUGGUUGUAGAGCAACAUAGUCAAAGACGCUGGUGUCACAUUUUUUCCAAUUGGACCUGGCAACCAACACAACCAUGGUGCUGAAACCUUUUCCUGCGCCUUUUGCACUUGUUUCCUUGCCUGAAGCCACCAAUUAGCAAGCAGCUGGACUCUGACGGGCACAAAUGCUACAGCCCGACGUUGCAUAGAGAACCCUAAACUACGUCUCUCGAACAUGUACAAAACUGAGCAUGAGGUGGUUGAUGGUUUCUGGCUCCUGUGCAGAGGGUAGAGCUGUUGCUAUCCCACGGGCCAUGAUGAUGUAGCCAGAUAGGACUCCAAGAGCGACCAGGGAGCCCGUUCAUGAGAAUUAGUGCUUGGUGAUCCAGUUUGUCCAAACACUCGGAAAGCCCAGGAAUUGGAGAAAGGUUGAGGAGGAAGACCCAUGACACUGACAAAAGCUUUGGUGAUGUCCAGUUUUAUGUGGAGACUUGGAAUGUGUUCCCCAUGCAGAAUCUUUGCAGCUGCCUGGAUGUACCUGAAGUUGUCUUGGAUGUGUCUGUUUUUUAUGAAAGCGCUUUGGUUGUGUCUGACCAUAAGUUUCAGGGGUACGGCUAAGCAGUCCACCAAUGCUUUGGAGAAGAGCUCACUGAAGCUGUUGAUUAAACUAAUUGAUCUAUUGCCAUUCAACAUUGUCGGCUCUU